AUGAAAACUAGCGACAUCUACACAAGAAAAUGUUGUAUCGAAUAUUUCGUAUGUGAAAGACUGUGCAAAACUGCAUGGACUGCCAUCGGUAGAACUAUGAGUAAGCCAUCCAUUAAAGUAGAAGAUCCGAAUAAAAGAAUGCGUAUUCGUCAAUUCUUCUCCUCCGUCGACGAUCGUUAUAUCAAUAGUAUUUGGAACACAUCGUUAAAAACAGCGAUACAAGAAAUCCAAAAGAAAAACAACAGUGGUUUAAGUUUUGAAGAACUCUAUCGAAAUGCAUAUACAAUGGUGCUACACAAACACGGAGAGAAAUUGUAUACAGGCACACGUGAUGUUGUUACAGAGCACCUUGUACAAAAAGUUCGACAAGAUGCCGUUGAUUCGUUGAAUAAUAACUUUCUAUCAACUUUAAACUCAGCAUGGAAUGAUCAUCGAACAGCUAUGGUUAUGAUACGUGAUAUACUCAUGUACAUGGAUAGAGUUUACGUCAGCGCACAAAAACUCGAACCUGUUUAUAAUUUGGGUUUAAUCUUAUUUCGUGAUAAUGUUGUCCGUUAUGCACCUAUACGAGAUCAUCUGAGACAAACGUUGCUUGACAUGGUCGCCAAAGAAAGACGUGGUGAAGUUGUAGAAAAGUAA